UGCAGAUAUUAUCGAACCCACGGUCCACUCAGUCCCUUCGGUGAUUUCCUCUGUCGAUUGAGCAUAAUGAGUAGUUGGAAACUUUUAAUCACUUCUUGAACACACCCGAAUCAAAAUGUUUGCAAUAGAUCGUCCGAAACUGUCGGAGUUGUUCGUAUUCAGCCCUACUUUGUGCCAGAAGGAAGGUGAUGAGCACAAAAAACUAUUGUAUUAUUACCCGCCGGAUAAAUCUCUGAACACUCGGCUCAAUUCCAUCGGAUUGUGUGAGGCGUUGUUGACGUUUUCCAAGUUUUUCGACUCAUCUUGUCAUUCCCUCCAUACUUCGAUGACGAGACGGUUCUUUUACCGCAUUUCAGAAGCAGUGUGGGCUGUCAUGGUCGUCGCCUUACCUUCACACAAAACAUCUGCGGCUGAAUAUUCCACUUAUCACGAACGGGAUUGCAACUUACACGAUCAAGUUAUGCGGGCGGUUUUGUCCACUGCUUGCGAAACAUUUGAAUUGUUCAACGGUAGAAUAGAUGCUUUGUUACAGUCCGAAGAUGUGGAUAUCUUGAGACUACGGUUGGAUCACUUUUUCUCGCGAGUAUAUUUGAGACUGAUGCUUUUCGAGCAUUGCGAUAUAUUGAAUUGCUUCAAUGGGAUCCAAUUCACCUCCACAGAACCGGCCGAUUUCGCACGUGUCCAGGGAUUCGUGAAUCGUGUCAAAUUUGCUUUCCGGUGUAUUGAACAUCUAGCCUUCUUUUACGACGGACGUUUGGUGUACGCAACCCUUGAUCCCGAGUACGCACGUCAUUUGUAUCACUACUUAAAUUCUUUUCUGUUCUCUGAACAACCCGAUUUGACUCACACAGCCGCCACAACAAUGAAACAUCUUGGAAGAUAUUUGGUCGGCCCAAAGGUUUUGGACGAAUCCAAACCGUCAGUCCUUUGUCCGUUGCUGUGCUCCCCCAACUCCUCCACACUUGAUUGCCAGCUGGUCACCUACCAGGCAUUGCGCGCAUCUGUUUGCCUUAUUGUUCGUGGUACGUAUUGUGUUCUGUAUUUUUUUCCGAAUACCCCUGCGCGUUAUCUCGAUGGUAUCACUCUCAUCCCUAAGCUCUUUCUAUGUUGGGUUAUUUCGGUUUACAUCCCAUAG